CAGGCUAUUCAUGGAAAGAUGCCCAGCCUGAUUCGUACAUAAAGCAGUGCCGUGAGAACAGCCACCCAGCUCCUGCCAGAGGGACCCAGGAGAAGGAUGUGCUAAUACGUGAACCAAGUUGGUUGGAGUCCGAAAUUAUCUGUGAAAGUGGUGCCCACCCUGACACCAUGUAGCACAUCGGCACUGCUCUUCGUGGUGGCAAGAUGUCCAAAGACCAGGAUGGCUGGGUCUCUGAGAGCCAAGAAACAGUUACGGGCAAACUGCAGCGGAAGAUGAAACAGUCACCUCUGGUCCCUGUUGGCUUGGCUGGAUUCGCUGUCAUUGUCGCCUAUGGACUGUACCGCCUUAAAAGCAGAGGAGAUAUGAAAAUGUCUGUGCACCUUAUUCACACGCGUGUUGCCGCUCAAGCUUGUGUGGUGGGGGCCACAGCUCUAGGUGCUACUUAUACAAUGAUCAAAGAGUACCGGCAGCGGUGGGCUGAGGAGAGAGAUGCUGCACUGGAACAGCAGAACAGCAGAAAUACUGAUGAGUAAAUGGAUUGCCAGAAAAUGGGAAAUAGAAACAAAGUAGUAGGAUUAUUUUUCUCCUCCCUAAUCUAUAGGCAGGUUAGCUUGACUUCUGAUGGGGAGAUUUUAGUGCCUUUGUUGUAAAACAUUCAUGAAAAUAAAUGUGGUUUCUGGUCUAAUGCCAUAAAUGCAAAGAUUGGAGUGUAAAGACUGACCCCCCCAAUUAUCAGGAAAGUCAUAGAACACAAUAAUGAAGCCACACUUACAAAUUAUCGUUAUGUUUAUUUUAAAACAUAAAAAUAAACAGUAUGUACACGUCACACAAAUAA